AUGUCAGGCGUGUGGGUGUUCAAGAACGGAGUGAUAAGGCUUGUGGAGAACCCUAACCAGUCAGGAACCGACACUCACGGUCGAAAGAAAGUGAUGGUCUAUUUACCGACAGGAGAAGUGGUCUCAUCUUACUCGACGCUCGAGCAGAUCCUCGAGAGUCUUGGGUGGGAGAGAUACUUUGGUGGUGGCGACACAGAUCUUCUCCAAUUCCACAAACGCUCCUCGAUCGAUCUCAUCUCUCUCCCUAGAGAUUUCACCAAAUUCAACUCCGUUUACAUGUACGAUAUCGUCGUCAAGAACCCUAAUUACUUCCACGUCCGAGACUCCCAUUGA